AGCAGACAUCUGUCGGCCGGUGAAGUAGGUCGUUAGCAGUGGUGGUGUGGCGUGGUAUUCUGUCUGUAUACGGACUCUUCUACGUACGGUUUAAUUUGUGAGUUAAACAGCAAUGGCUCCAGCGAAUUAUCUUCUAUUGUUAGCUUUAGGAGUGGCUCAGUUUUCUUCAGCAUUAUCAGAAUCUUGUACCAAACCUGAAGUUUCAGCAUCUGCAUAUACAACUCCAGAUGCUACAGUUCUGGUAAACGUCGCCUUUGUCGCGGAAUUUACGCUCAAAUGCAGCAACGGCGCGAAAGGAAUCCCACUGUACGCAGAAAUUAACGGAAGGACCGUGCCAGCCGCCAGGAUUGGAGACGACAAAUAUCAAGUCAGCUGGACGGAAGACGUGAAGAAGGCAAGAACAGGCGACUAUAGCGUAAAUCUGUACGAUGACGAAGGGUAUGCAGCGCUUCGUAAAGCCGCCAGAAGUGGUGAAGAUCCAUCGACAGUGAAGCCUUUGGUCACAAUCGUUGUGAAUUACCCAGGCGCUUACACCGGCCCUUGGGUUAAUUCAGAAUUUAUGGCUGCAGUCCUUGCAGUUGCCGUAUGGUAUGUGGCAUUUUCCGCGAAAUCUAAAUUGUUAUCGUGAUAAUCAUUUAGAACUAAACACUGAUCUCAUCACAUAUUCGAGACUUUACGCCAAAGGUGUACGAUCAUAACAUCAACAUCUACACCGGAAUGACAUGGUGGAAAAAUGUGCAAAUAAUUUUAUCUUGGACUUAAUAAUCUCAUCUGAACUGCACCGAAAACUUCGUUGUCUCAUUACACAUAUUUCAAACAUAUUGUGGUUGUGAUUCUUGCGUUAUUGUUCUAAUAUUGCUUCACUGUUAACGAAAAAUAUUUUGUAUCGGGUAUAAACAAGUUGAGUGAUGGGAGAAAAUUCUUGGAGUUGUUUGUAAUAAACGAAUUUAUUGGA